AUGUAGUCUCCAUAUUCUCUCUCUUAGUUCCUGCUCUUGGUUCCUGCAAGCAAAGCAAGCACAAGUCCUGUUCAAGUCAAGUCCAGCAUAUCUAGGCCAAAGCCUGUAAAAGUCUGUAGCCACAUCAAAUCUAAAUACAAUGUUAUGAAGUUCUGACUGAGCCUACAGGAUCUAUUUACAGUAAUCGAUUGGAUUUACCUUUGUGUACCUGGACAAUUGAGGUCCCAUAUGGUCCUAUUAGCCUAUACUUUGAUUAUGUAAAUGUGCAAAAGGAUGGUGCAGGUUGUGGUCCUCAGUAUGUGAUAGUAUAUGAUGGAUAUUCUUCUAACUUGACUAAACUUGGGGAGGUUUGCAAUGAUAACAAUCAAGAGUUUCACUCAUCAUCCAAUGUCAUGACCUUGGAAUUUGUUAAUCAGGAGUCCGUUCCCGAUUAUGGAUUUUUUGAAGCUUGGUAUUUUUCACCCGGUCCAUGCUCUAGAGGACCAUGCAAUGUAACUCUGACUCAACCAUCAGGAAGUAUAAACAGUAGGGAUUGCUAUUUCCCUCCAUGUUUCUGGACAAUUGAAAUCCCAUCUGGUCAGGUUGAACUUUAUAUAGAUUUCCUUUAUGUAAGCGAAAUGCACAGUGGAGGUUGUGAGACACAGUAUGUAAGAAUAUAUGAUGGAUAUCCUUGGAACUCGGGAUAUUUGCUUAGAAAGAUUUGUUAUUAUACAACUGAGGUGUUUUAUUCAUCAUCCAAUGUCAUGACUGUGGAAUUUGUUAAUGCCUUUGGUUUUUUUGGAGUUUAUGGAUUUUUUGGAGCUCACUAUUCUUCAUCCAAGCCAUCCCCUGCAGGACCUCCUACCAUUGGACCUCCUACCUAUGGACCUCCUACCUAUGAGGCUACUACCCCUGGACAGGGCAAUGAAACUCUGACUCAACCAUCAGGAAAUAUAUACAGUAGUGAUUGCUAUAUUCCUCCAUGUUUCUGGACAAUUGAGAUCCCAUAUGGUCAGGUUAAUCUUUAUUUCCUUUUUGUAAGGCACAACACAGUAAACCUUUUUUGGAAAUUACUGGCGUAUCUUAUUCUAGAAUGUAGCCAGGGUUGCUCCAUGUAG